UCGUCACAGAUAUAGAGGAAGUCCUCCACUGAAGGGGGACAACGUUCAUCAAACUUUGAGGCAACAAAGAGUGCCGUUGCUCCGAGGAGCUGCAGUGUGGCUUUGCCAACGACUACUUUCGACAGAUAAGUGUCCACAAGCUUGACUGCCAAGUACAGGGUUUCGUGGUUCAGCUCAAAGCUCUCCUGCACCUCCACCAUCCAAUCCACGAGGAUCGCACGCAUGGUGGCCGACAGCUCGGGCUGCAUGUCCAGGUAGAGAGGAACGAGGAAUGCUACCUGCAGAUGAUCAAGCAGGCGUGUCAGAUGGAUACUCUUCGGUGUAUUUCGGGAUUCCCGAUAUACUCCACUAUGCAAAGGCAAUGACACAUGCGUCCCAGGGCAACAUGGAGUCAAAGUUCAAAGAAACAGGGGUGAUAACACCAGAAGAGUUUGUUGUCGCGGGAGACCACCUUGUACAUCAUUGUCCCACUUGGCAAUGGGCAGCGGGCGAAGACUCCGGCGUGAAGUCGUACCUACCACGGGACAAACAGUUCCUUGUCACACGCAAUGUUCCUUGCUACAGGCGAUGCAAACAAAUGGAGUAUUCCAUGGAACAAGAAAAGGUUCUUGAGGAAGAGGGGGAUGAAGAUGGCGGUUGGGUGGACACACAUCACUAUGUGGAUCCUUCUAGUUCGGGUCUAGCAGAGCAUGUUCAGGAGAUGACUUUAGAGCCUCAUCAGAAAGAAACUGCUUCACCCGUUCGCAAAGCAAAACCACGAGGUGCUGGAGAUAAUGCUGAUGAAGAUGAUGAUGAUGAUGACGAUGAAGAUGAUGAUGAAGAAGCAGCAGACAUGGAUGCUUUUGUAGAAAGUGGACUUCUUGAUGCGGAGGACACUGCUACUGUGGUUCCCCAGACGAUAUCGGCUGCUGCAGCACCUCUAAGUGGUGGCAUUGUCAGCACACGUACAUACGAUCUGAAUAUCACAUACGACAAUUACUACAGAACACCACGACUAUGGCUAUACGGAUAUGACGAGAACCGGGAACCCUUAGACAUGGAAGCCAUGUACGAGGAUAUAAGUCAGGAUCACGCAAAGAAAACUGUCACCAUGGAAAUGCAUCCACAUCUUCCAGGUCCUCCCCUGGCCUCUGUACAUCCUUGCAGGCACGCAGAGGUAAUGAAGAAAAUCAUUCAAACAGUGACCGACGGUGGUGGUGAACUAGGUGUUCACAUGUAUCUCAUUGUGUUCCUCAAGUUUGUACAAGCUGUCAUCCCAACCAUUGAGUAUGACUACACACAAAACUUCAGCAUGUGAGGACUGUUUUCGAGUAUGAGAUAUUUUUUUUUAAGUAACAUGUUGGUGUCACCAGUAUUUUGUCUUCUCAGGCUUAUCACAAUGAUCUGUAGACAUAUUAAAUGAACAUUUAAUGAUAAUGAAAAAUAUUAUUAGAAGCGUAUUUGUGGCAGAGGGCAAUGAGCGUGCAGUCACGCUGCUGCUGACCAGCUUUUCUCUUUCUGCAAUCCACAAAACUGACCAAGUUAGGAAGCAGUUAUGAAGACACAUUAAUUUUCCUCCAAAUAUGUACUGCAUGUACUGCACGUACGAAUUUGACAUUGUUAGGUGCCUGCAUGUGCAAGUGACAAAUUCCAAAAAGCUUUUGAGUUACUUUUCAGUUGCUCGAAAGCAAAGCUCUCCUAUGGAUACCUGGAUUGCACUACCAAUUGCUUUCUGCUUUGCCUUCUGUCAUGGGCAACUUUUGUGGUGACUUCGAGGUGUAAACACAUUUCGUACGUAUCAUACUACAUCUGUCUUUGCAUGAUUUGUAUGUGAAGUAUGUUAACAUAAAUGGGACACUUAAUUAAACAAAUACUGCAAUAAACUUGCUCACCACUGUUCUAAUUACAAUUUAGUGUACAGUUAGAGGUGAGCAAAUUGACAAAAAAUGAGCAAUUACUUGAGAAUUAUAACUUGAAAACUGAAAAACUAUUUUCCGAUGGUUAUGGCUAGCUUUCUUGCAAUCUGGGUAAUUUUAAAAAUUAUCAUCACCAUCAUAACGUUUGAUUAAACCAAAUUUACAUGAAUGUUGACAUGCAUGUGUAACACCUCAUCUUUGCACCCUUAAGAUGAAAAAAAAAAAAAAGUAUCUCCCAAAUGCCUCUCACCCUAAUUGUUAGAAGUUGAACCAUGCUGUAAUGGAACAUGAAACUAUAUGGAUACUCUGUUGUGUGUGAUACAUUCAGGGCUUAGAAAUAAAGUUUUUCAUUAAGGAAACUUCA